AUGGCGGAGCCAGCUACCACAAAUCAAGCGGCGGAAUCUCCAGCCCAAACAACAACAACAACAAGCUCGUCAGAUGUCGUAACAACAAUCACCCAUGCUGCCUCAUCCAUGUCCGAACAUUCGACAGUGGUCGUCAUAACACAGACCCAAACCGACAGUUCCCCGACCUCCACAACAACCAGUCCCACUCCUACCGCUACCGAUGCCACUUCCUUGUCAACUCCAAGCAGCUCCGAAAACGGAACAAACAAGUCCUCACAGCCAAAAGGCUCAAAACAGACAGGGGGGCUUUCCGCAGGCGCCUCAGCCGGAAUUGGGGUCGGAGUUGCAUUGGCUGUACUCCUACUGGCGUUUCUGGCCUUUUUCAUAUACCGUCGCAACCAGAAACGUCGAAGGUUGGCACGUGAGGGUCAAAAGGAUAGACUAUCAGGAUUGCCGGAGCUUGGCACCGACGGACAGAAACAUGAAUUGUCGGCUGAAGAAGUUCGACGAGCGGAGCUUGGUGUUGAUGGACAAAAGCACGAGCUUCCUGUGAAUGCGAAGGAAAAGAAUGACACCCAAGGGACUAAUGUGCAUGAGCUGGAGUGA